GCAGACAGGCUGUUUAGUUCGACUGUCUUUGCGUCUCGCGCGGACGCGUCGAAAGCGCGCGAAACGCGUUCCCGCGCUCGAAGUUUAAGACAAGUUUUUUUUUUCAAGUUGCAGAUUGUUUUUUACUAAACAAUGGCGACAACAAGAGAUAAGAAUGGCGUGAAUGAAAACCUGAUGACGAAAGCUCCAUGGACGGACGAGCGCGGCAUCGGCAUGAAGGUGUACAACUUCGUGUCGGUGGCCCUCGAGAUCGCGGUUCUGUACGUAAAGAUGACGGCCAUGUGGAUCUUCUGCGUCUACCAGUUCUUCUUCCCCAAGGAGCCUAAGAGCAUCAAAGGCGAGAUCGUACUGAUCACAGGAGCUGGCCACGGCAUGGGCAAAGAGACCGCGAUCCGCCUGGGCGGCCUUGGAGCUACGGUGGUCUGCGUGGACAUCAACCCUCGCGGCAACCAGGACACCGUCAACAUCAUACAGGGGAACAAGGGAAAAGCGCACAGAUACGAGUGUGACGUCACAGACCGCGACGCCAUCAACGCCCUGGCCGACAAGGUGCGUCGGGAGGUGGGUGAGGUCACGAUGCUGGUCAACAACGCCGGCAUCAUGCCCUGCAAGCCGAUCCUUGAAACCUCCGAGAAGGAGAUCAGGGCGUUGUUUGAUGUCAACAUUCUGGCUCACUUAUGGCUCCUCCAAGCCUUCCUCCCGCAUAUGAUGGAAACCAACCACGGGCACAUCAUCGCCAUGUCAUCCAUGGCUGGUGUGGUCGGACUCCGAAACCUCGUGCCGUACUGCGCCACCAAGUUCGCGGUCAGAGGACUCAUGGAGGCUCUGCACGAAGAACUGAGGGAGGAUGCCAGGGAUUUUAGUGGGAUCAAGUUGACAGUGAUCUGCCCCUACAUCGUGGACACGGGUCUGUGCAAGAACCCUCGCAUCAAGUUCCCGGGGCUGCUGAAGAUCCUCUCCCCCGCCCAGGCUGCUGAGAAGAUCGUGGAUGCUGUCCAGCGCGACUAUGACGAGAUUACCAUCCCCAGCUCGCUUUACUACAUCAACAUGUGGUGCAGAACCAUGCCCAGACGAGUGUCACUGUACCUAAAGGACUUUUUGGACUCGGGCCUGGAUGCGGACUAACAUUGACACGUUAUGUACAGUCAGCACUAUUGGUAGACGGCAACACAGGUACAGUCAGGCGGAUAAAAUUCUUAAACACUAUUAUAACUGGAAUUAAAAUAUAACAGACUACAUUUAAAAUAGAAUUUCAUAUCGAAAAUUUCAUAACUGAAAUAAGUUUUACCCGUAAUUUAUAUUAUGAAUAUCUAGUUUCAUUGCAAUUUUAUAACUUGACUGUACCUCUGUAUAACCUAGCCAGUAAACUAAUUUUGCUGACUCUAUAAUAAUAAUAUUAUUACUAUGAAAUAAGGACUUCAGCUGACUCAAUUUUUAUACUAUAAUUUUAUUUUUAUCUAUAAUGAAAAUAUAAUAUAGUAACAUGUGUAUAAUAUACAUAAUAAUAUGUAUAAAUAAAUUACAAUUUGUAAUUUCGGUAUGUUGUUAUUAACAAAAAAGCUCUACAUUAAAAUAAAUAGUAUAAUAAUAUGAAAUAAAGAUAUUGAUACUGCAAUUUUUUGAGUGAUUAUUUGUUAAAACGUGAAUAUAAAUGUGUGUAAUGUUUUUUUUUCACAAAUCAUGUAAAUAACAAUAGAUUAUCACGUUUUAUUAUUGGAAUUGUGAAUAAACGUGUGUAUAAUAGUUUUUUAAGCCAAAAUGUGCCUGGAAUACCAACAAUGGAUGUUCGCGAGUCAACCAUAUUGUUACUUUUAAGUCUCUUUUUAGAUACUUUAUAAGUUACCACCAAAUAAGUUGUAUAAUAGUAGAGUCGCCGUAAAGUCCGGUUUUUAAUUUGUUUAAAUGUCAAUUAAUUGAUAAAUAACUCCAGUUAUUCUUAGGACCAGUUAAAGUUGAAUCUCACAAUUAUUUAAUAAAUUCAUAUUUUUUUAUAAUUUAAUUUUUAGAUAACGUUUCAAAAACCUUAUUAAAAACCGGACGAUAGUCAGUUGUGGACCCUUUUACUUGGAAAUGAACUGUGAGGAACAGUUUUGCAUAGAAAAUAGUAUUAAACUAUUUAAAUAUAACUUAACUUUCCUUCAGUUUAAUUAAUCGCAUUUUUUUUUAACGUUUUGAUCAAUAAAACUUUUUCAAGGCAGGGUCCAUGAAAAUAGGUUAUAUCCAUUUAUACAAACCCACCCUAGCCUAUGUCUGGCCUUUGUUUCAAUAUUUGACAUAUUUUAAUGAUUACAGUUAAAACAUGUCAAUGUAGGUGAAACAAUUUAUAUACAAAACAUCCUAUUAUAAAUUUCUGCCCAGUUUAAUAAAUAUUAAUUUGAUGACAAGUAAAAACAUUUUCUUGCCUCAACAAUUACUACUACUAUUGUAAAUAAAAGUACAACGCAAAAAAAAUACUUCAUUAAUUUUUAAUUAUUACCUACCUACUAUAUUUUUAUGUGUAUAAGUUUACAUAAAUAUUUUAUACUUUUAGUAUUGGACAGGUUGUCGACACCUGUAACUUGACUUAGAUUGGCUGGCAUAGCAUCAGAUACCUAUUCACUUUGACGAAUAAAAUUAAUUUCAGAAAUAUCUUACAAUAAUAAUAUAAUAAGUUUAUAUAAUAAGUUUAUAUUGUAUUUGUUCUAGUAUCUGACAGUAACAAAAAAAAGGCGUCUAUUUAUAAUACAUUUUUUCGGCAACCUGACAAACAUAAACCUUCUGUUUAUUUUAAGAAAAGAAUACACGUAAAGCUAAAAGCUGGUAGGUAUUUAAGUAAACAGAUAGAUUUGUAUAAAUUAUAUAUUUUUAAUUUAUAUGUGCCAUCUAUAAUGGAAUCAGAGACAAGUGACCACAGUUUACUUUUUAUUAUAACCUUUUAAAUACGUUUAGAAUUUGUAAGUGUUAUUUAGAAAAUGUUAUUAUUAGGUUGUGAUUGUGAUGUUAGUUAAGGUUGUUUAUUAAGAAAAAAUUGACUGGGUUUUAACUUACUUAAUGACAUUAAAAAAUUUAACUUAGUA